AUGCCGGACGCCAGUCAUUCAGAUUCCAAUCUUGUGCAAACUACGUUUAAAUGGCCGCACUGGGGCUCAAAUGUGCAGGUAGCCGGAAGUUUUGACUCCCCUUAUUCACCAUGGAGUCCAAUUCAGAUGACCAAAUUGGAAGGUUCAUCCGAAUUUAUUGUUACUCUUGAUUUAAAGCCAAACAUAACUUAUUGCUAUAAAUUUGUUGUUGAUGGGCAAUGGGUUUUGAAUCAAGAUAUACCAAGCUAUCCUGAUUCUAGCGGGAAUCACAAUCACGUGAUUGUAGUGGAACCACUGCCUCCGGAUAAUGACGGCGAUGACAAAAAGAAUAAUAUCGAUGUAAUUAAUGAAAAAAUCCCAGAACAAGAUGUGGAUCAAAAAACUAUUAAUGGACUCAAAGAGGAAGUUAAAGAUGAAGUUCAGACCGGUGAAGAAAUAAAUGAGCCACAUGAUGUUACAGUCGAAACUAUAACAGACGAUGCUACAGUCGAAACUAUAACAGACGAUGCUACAGUCGAAACUAUAACAGACGAUUCUACAGUCGAAACUAUAACAGAUGAUGCUACAGUUGAAACUAUAACAGACGAUGCUACAGUUGAAACUAUAACAGACGAUGCUACAGUCGAAACUAUAACAGACGAUGCUACAGUCGAAACUAUAACAGAUGAUGCUACAGUUGAAACUAUAACAAAUGAUGCUACAGUCGAAACUAUAACAGAUGAUGUUACAGUCGAAACUAUAACAGAUGUUGCUACAGUUGAAACUAUAACGGAUAAUGUUACAGUCACCCCACACAACGAAGAGAUACCAGUAAAUAAUGCUAUAAUUGAAAAGGAGUCUAUUGAAGAAUCUCCAGAGAAUAUUACUGGAAAGGAUGAUCAUGAGCUUAGCGAUGAAUUUAUAGAAAAGACAAAUACUUACACAACCGGCGAAGAAACCGUCAACUUGUCACAUGAUGAACACGUUGAGAAUAGUUCUGACAAUGCGAAGGAAGAACAAAGUGAGGAGAUUUAUACCUCUAAAGAAAUCAUCCCUGAUUAUAUGCCUGCAAUUAAAACCAUUGAGGACAUUGAAAAUUUUACUACAGAACUUUGUGAUAUCGUCCCUGAAGAGGUCACAAAAGAUAUAGAGGCUGAUACUAUUGUGGCCAUGACCUUAUCGGAAACUCAAGGUGAAGUUGAGCCGAUUGAUGCUUCAAUAAACCACAUUGACAAUAAUGAGACUGGAAAUCCGCCUAAAGUGUUUGUUAUAGAUGCCUCAGAUAAAAUUGAACCAUUAAUUAAAGAACAAACCAAACAAGAUGAUAAUAUUAUUAUUGAAAAUCAAGAAAUAUUACAUGAACAAAAAAUGAAAAUGUUUGAAAAAGUUAAAGACACGGUUCAAAAUAUCACUAUUCAAACUAAUGACACACUUUUGUCAUCAACUGGAGAAAUCAAUCAUGAGAACGAACAAAUUCACGAAAUUAUUAACACUAAAGCGGAAGAAAUUACCCAGGAUACCCUCAAAAUUCAGCCAACCUCUGAAGAGGUCGUUAUCCAAGAGAACAAUACACCUUCUGUAAUUGCAAACCAAUGUAGAGAAAUUGCUCAAGAUGCAAGCAAAGAUAGACAAGUGAAAGAAUUAGAAAGUGAAAUCAUGAUUAAGGACAAUUCCAGCGAAAUACUUGUCAAUGAUUCGUUUUCUACUAUGUCCCUCAAGGACGAGGAUCAUGACACUAUUGAUAAAUCUCAAAGUGAAUCUCAAGAACAUAGUACCUUUACCUCUGAUUUAGUAGGUGAUCAUACUGAAAUUUCUGUCAAUUUGGUGAAUCAUAAAGAUGUUGAAAAAACUUCUGAAGAAACUAUCGAAAAUAAUUACGAGAAAAGCUUCAAAGAAACCAUCGGCGAGACUGUUGAAAAAACUUCUGAAGAAAUGAUUGAGAAAAGCUUCAAAGAAACCGUCGGCGAGACUGUUGAAAAAACUUCUGAAGAAAUGAUUGAGAAAAGCUUCAAAGAAACCAUCAGCGAGACUGUUGAAACAGCUACCUCACAUGAAAUUCCUCAAACAAAAUCCUUCCAACAUGAAGAACAAAUCGAAACUGCUGACACUAAAACGAUAAAAGAAAGUAUUGUUAAAGAAACUUUACAAGUAUCAGUAGAGGAUAAUGUUGAACCGACACCAACCAUUGAAAUUCCUCGUAUAGAGUCAUCUCAACAUGAACAAAAGUUAACUGAACAAAUUAAGGCCGCUGAUACUGAAAUAAUCGAAGAAAGUGUUAUUAAAGAAACAAGUGAGGAAAUCAAUACAGUUAACGUUGUACAUACUGAGCAAAAGUUAAUCGAAGAACAUGCUACCAACAUUAAAAAGACAGAAGAAAGUGUUACUGAAUUAUCUUCCGCUACUGAUGCUGAUGUUCCUUAUACUGAACCCUCCCAACACGAGCGAGAGUUAAUUGAAACGACAGAGGAAACAACAGAAAAGAUUCCUGAUGAAAACGUCGUUGAGCGUGAACUUCAAGCCACCGAAUUAACACCAUCUUUAGAGCCAAUUAAUAAGGUUCUCGAGACUGAAAACUCCGUAACAGAACAGGAUGAAAUAUUGACAAACGCGCAUGACCAAAUCGAUAUUCCUAAUUUCUCUUUAUCCGAUACAUGGUCAGGUAGCCCAAGUAUUGUGAAAGAACCUUCUGAGGUUACCGUUUUCGAAGUUUCAUCUUUCGAUAAACACAUAAGAGAGAUUGAGAAAGAGACCCCUGAAGAAUCGUCUAAUUUUAAAACUUUAGUUGAGUCAAAUAAUGAGAUUUUAGUUGAGCCAACUAAUGAACAAACCAGUAAAACUGAGGAUCCUAUUGAAAUGACGGAAACUAUCAACGAUAAUGUUGAUAAAAUCUAUGAAAUUACAUCUUCUCACGUAACUAACGAGGCAAUACUAUCAAUAGUCGAAAAAGCUUCUCACAUAGAUGACGUGUCAGGAUCAGCAAUAAAGGAUGUCUCUAAUGGGUCAUCGAAACUUGACUCAAAUAUCAUUCCUGUAGAGAUAAAACCAAAUAAGAAUUUUACUUCAGAAAAAAGCAUUAUCGAAACGCCAAAUAAUUUAGAAAAGUCGGAGAGUGGACAUCCUGUAAUCGACACUCUAUCGUCCGGGGCGCCUGAGAGUAGUGUAACAGCUAACUUAAAUUUAUUCUCCUCUGGUGUUUCUACAACUGCAACAAUCUAUAAUUCAUCAAAGGAGGUCGGGACAUAUACGACUAUCGAAGAUCAAAAAACAGAAGAAAUCCUAAAAGAACCACGAACAAUCUCAAAUACAACCAAUAAUUCACGAAAGAACAGGUCAUUAACAUCUGGUGAAUCAACACGGGAGAUAACACAAGAACCUGUUAUUACAUCGAAAUCAAAAUUAAUCGGCAAAGGUAACGAAGAGCAAAUCACGGUUUCAACCUCCCGAGAUGUCGUUUUAACAAGGAACAAUAAAAAGCACUUGGUACAAUCCAAUAAAUGUGAAAAGGUUGAAGAAGAAACUGAAAGUUGA